AUGUAUAUUAUCAAGUAUAAUUGACUGCGCGUCCUUCAUUCUACAUUAAAAAGUGAACAGGACACGCGGUAGUGAAAAUUUUAAAUUUUACAAAAUGUGGGCUUCUAUUUUCUUUGCCGUCUGCUGCGCUAAUUUGGCGGGAAGUGUUAUUUCAGAAGAAUGUUCAAGAUAUCACUACGAGGCUCAAACUCUGGAAAGAGUUAUUAGGGCAGAGUCUGGUCUAAAAGCUUUGAAAACUCAUGUCACGAUAAUUGAGGAAAAGACAGGAAAUGUAAACGAAAACAACGCCAAACUCUCCAAACUCGCUGAAAAAGUGGACCUAUUGCAACACAAUAUGGCCGGCUUACUUAAGAAUGUUUCCAGUAUACAAGAGGAGAAAACAAGUUCGAUGAGACAAUUAUGUCAAACAAACGAAACGUGCAGUGACGUCGAGAAUUCAGAAUGUAAAUGGAUGACUUGUAAAUGUAAACCUGGUCUGAGCUACCACCAUGAAACGAAAACGUGUCUCACAGACUGCGGGGAUCAUGGGUAUGGUAACACUUUCCAAGUUGAACUAGACACAACGAUAAAAGGUUUUAAUGAUAAAAGUAUUACCUCUAUUUCGUUAGAAGAUUGUGUCCAAAGAUGUACUAUGGAGCAACGUUUCGUAUGCAAAACCGUAGAGUAUGGAAAGGCGAAUAAACUUUGUCAAUUGUCGAGAGAAACGUUGUAUACAAAGGCAAAGUUUUACGAAAAGGCUAACUGGCAAUAUAUUAUCUAUACCAGAGAUUGCAACUAGUCUUGAGACUCCAAAAUAUAUCUAGUAUAAUUUUGUACCAUAUGAUGAAGGUCUAUACCAAAAGCUUGUUUGCACAAUUUCCCAUCAUUCGCACACUUGUUUUUCCAAGCAUAAUGAUUUUUGUUGAGCAAAUUUACUCAAAAUUUAUAAGCGUUUCAACAUUAUUUUCAUUCGAAUCAGAUAAAGAAUCGCACAUUAGUGGUAUUCAUUUAAUUCAUUCUGCGUUUUUCUUUCUUAAUCAUCUUUCGCAUGUUAUACUGUCUUAAGCGCCCAAACUGACCUAUGAUCUAAGAUACUUUUUAGACCACAAUGAACUCCUUUAAAUCGACAAAUACAUCAAAUAAGACAGAUUUUCAUUUAAACUCGAACAUUGAAAAACAAUGCCAAGGGCAGGUAACUUUGGAUAACUGUUAGCGCAAGUAAUGUAAAUUGCAAUUGUUAUUACAUGACAAAAUUAAAAACACUCAACAACUUAA